UUGGUCUCGGAACGACUCUACCAACCGCCCCAACCGAACUCUCCCAGUACCCGAAGCUUUGCGAACUGCGUAGAAAAUUUCCAGUUUUGUACCGCGUCGAGUUUCAGACGGCAACAAAAGUUGAAACACAUUCAUGCAGACAUGCAAUGAAACCUGCCAACAAAGAGAAGAAUCAGAAUCAAAAAUGUAUUCCAUAUGAUUACAAUAGAGUUGUUUUAGAAGCGAUAGAUAAUCGACCGGAUUCGGAUUACGUUAAUGCAUCGUAUGUCGAUAGCAUACUAAAGCCCAAUGCUUACAUCGUAACUCAAGGACCCAUGGAAACUACGGUGAUAGAAUUUUGGAGAAUGGUUUGGCAAGAACGAGCCGCGUGUAUUGUCAUGCUUACGAAAACCUUCGAUUUCAUUAAGGUUAUGUGUAUGCAGUAUUGGCCGGCCAGUAAAGAUAAAGACGAGGACUAUGGAGGAAUUGGUGUCUCUGUUUUAAAAGAGGAGGAACUUGCCAAUUUUCACAUACGGACAAUAAAGCUCUACAAGAAGAGCGAGAAGGAUGUAAGGCUUACGAAAGAGCGGACGAUACUUCAAUUUCAUUAUACAGAGUGGCACUCGCACACGUGCCCAUUCGGCAACGCCGUUCUUGAAUUCCGAAGGCGCGUACGCGCAGUAGUGGGCUCGACGUUAAAAAGUGAAGCUGGGCCGAUGGUCGUACAUUGCAACGAUGGUGGCGGGAGAUCGGGCGUUUACUUGGCAAUCGAUGCAAAUAUGGAACUAGCAGAAGAGGAGGAUGCGUUCGAUGUAUUUGGGUAUCUGAAGAAACUUCGACAAAGCCGAAAAGGUCUCAUAGAAAAUCUGGAGCAGUACAAAUUUGUCUACGACACGCUCGAGGAGUUCGUGAUAUGCGGCGCCUCCUGGUUUCCCGUAUCUGAGCUAUCGGUACGACUGAAACAAAAGAGCCAGAAGAACUCGAUAACAAAGAUGAACGAAUAUCAGCGGGAGUACCAGCAAAUCUGCAAGCAAACGCCGCGAUUCACGAUCGGCGACUGCGCGGGCGGACACAGAGCCGACAAUCGCGAGAAGAACAGAGACGUCCUCGUUGUACCACCUGAUAACUUUCGACCAUAUUUAACAAGUUUUCAAGGAAAUACUUACACUGACUACAUAAAUGCGGUAUUUGUUGACGGUUACACGAAACCUAGGGAAUACAUUGUGACCGAAUGGCCGGUAACGCGUAGCCUCGGAGAGUUUUGGUCCCUUGUCUACGACUACGAGUGCGCAGCCGUUGUCGUCCUCUGCGUGCCUCCACCAGGGUCUACCAGUUAUCCGAGUUUCUGGCCGGAGGGCCGACAUUCCAAAAAGUACGGGCCCGUCUUCACGAUAGACCAUAUUAGUCACAAUCACUAUACCAACAUUAAAACAUGGGUUUUCCGAAUAAACAAGAAAAUCGUCUCGCUAACGGAACUGAUGGCGGGAGUAAAAGCACCCCCGAAGACGGUGCAGCUGUUCCAGCUAACCUGUUGGCCGAUGGGCCAGCAAGUGCCUACCUCGACCAACAGCCUCGUCGAGCUCAUGAACAUGGUGGAACGCUGGCGCCAGCGCACGGAUUACGGACCCGUGGCCGUUGUCUCCCCGGAUGGUAGGAGUCGGUGCGGCGUCUACUGCGCGGCCAACGCGUGCAUAGAGCAGGUCAUACAGCACGGUGAGGUUGACAUAUUCCAGGCGGUGAAAACAGUGCGCCGCCAUCGACCUCAGCUCGUCGAGAACAUGACGGAAUACAAGUACUGCUACGACCUGGUCCUUCAUUACGUUCUGCACUAUCUGAACAAAGACAUGAAUGAAAAGAAGUGA